AUCUUGAAUGUGAUAGUGAUAUGCGCCGGCGCAAUGUUCCAUAUUGCUAAUGGCGUCUUCACGGCAUUGCGUGCCUACGCCAUCAGUAAUCGCUCCGUGCCACUCGCGGUCGCAAUUUGCCUGUUCUCUCUAGUGGAGGCCGCGAUAGAUGUUUAUGAGAUUUGCUCCCUCACCGAGGUAUCCGUACCCCAACCUGUUGGCUGCGAGAUCACCAGCGGCGGCAACCCUGCAAUUGAUCGAUCAUUGUACCCUGCUGGGCAAGCAUCCACCGUUAUCCCCGAGGUAUUGCUGUUGGCGGCGACCUGGCGCUAUGUCUACACGGCCAAGCUCGCCAACGACGUGCAGACUGAUAUCCCUUUGGCAAAGCUCUUCCUUAGAGAUGGCACAAUGUAUUUUGUUGCAAUCUUCCUCCUCAUGACCAUCAAUAUCGUCCUGGACGCGACUACAGUCAGUGUCACUCGUGCUUCUUCGGUGCAUACACCCACUCCAAAUCUCACGCGACCUGUUAGAGUGUCAUCGGAGACAUAAUUCCCAUUGCCUACGCAUUGCAAACAAUUCUGCUCUCGCACUUCUACCUCAACUUACGGGAAGCGUACUUCUCUGGUGUCGACACAUCUGCCCCAUCACAAAUAUCCGACAUCC